UAAAAUCAACUUUAACAUCUAUUUUUGUGCUUCAGUUGGUUUGGAGAAAAUUCUGUUAGUCUUGGAUACAUAGAUGGAAGUGGUGACAGGUUUGUAACAGUUGACCUUGCAAUCUCAGACAUUUAAAACAGGACCAGAAGUUUAUAAUAUCAAUAAGCAAACUAAUGACAUCACCAUGGGACACACAAAAGUUCUUGCAGGAGCAGGGUCUGUGUGGCUUCAGUUGCCUGCAGUGCUCCCAGGCCACAGCAAGUGCCCGAGGGUCUGAACUGCCCGCAGUGCGGCCCUGCAGCCUUUCCCAGGGCACGUUGAUGUGCACAAAGUAAGUUUCCCUGAAGACAAAGUGAAGAUGUCAACAGCUUACGUGGCAGCAUGUAUGUCCUGAAUGUGUGUUUUAGAAGUCCAACUGUUGUUUUUAUGUUUUUAAAGGAAAUAUUUGAAUCAAGCAGUUAUGGGCCCCCUGAAGUAUCCUUUUUUUCUAGAACAUUCUGAAAGUCAUCCUUGCCUAUGGAAAGCCUAGGCCUACCUGCACUGUUAUGUUCAGUAAACAAGCAGGGUGCUCUGGGCUGGGGAUUGUGUGAGGAGCAGAGAGCAGCCCGUCCUCAUGCUUUUCCACUGAAAUAGGCCAGGCGGAGAGGGAGUAAAGCAAUGAAUGCUCUUUGGCGGCUGAGUAGUCCAAGAGCCAGAAAAGAAACGUUCAAAUUAAGAAGGCUAUAGCAGGCCAAAGUGAGGAAAUUUAGGGUUUGCGGGAAGUGGGAUUUGAGAUGGGUCUUGGAGAGUUGGACAGUAUCAGUCGGUAGGAUGGGGGUGCAGACGGAAGCCUGUGAGGAAGGCAGAGGAUGCAGAGCUGUGAGCGCAGGGAGCAGCGAGGCUGGAGAGCAGCUGUGGUGCGGAUCAAGACGUCUGCGUUUAUUUAGGGACUGAAGGUUAGCAGGGAAGGGAAAGAUACCAGAUCUUGAAUUUAAGAACUUGAAUCUUGUAAAGUACCAAAUCUAAUAAAAAUUAGUCUUUAGUCGUCCUAAAUCAGAACUGGCCCAGGCAUGCAGUGUUUCGUGGCCGACAGACUCCAGCCAGCGCUGUCCAUGGUAACCACCUUUUGUGUGGCUUAAAGCUUGCAUCCAUUUUCUCCUUUCAUCGUUUUCCCAAAACAACUCCGUGAGGGCCGUUAGCCCUGCUUGGUAGACGAAGAAGCCGAGGCGGCCUAGGGUCACGGCCAGGGAGCCUUUGGGACGCCAAGUCAGCUCGGUGGUCCUCACGCCACCUACAAGGCUCGUCGGGCCCUCGAGGUCCGCGGCUACUGGAGGCGCCAGGGAAGUCCUGCAGGUUCCUGGCUCCGCCUCCUGCACCUCCUCGCUAGAAGCCCCGCCCCCAGGGGUCUCGACGAACCGCCACUUCCGCGGCGUCCAUUGAAACUUAGCCGGGGGAGGGACGGGGCGCCACUGAGGGCCAAUCUGCUUGGGCCGGGGCGGGGCUAGAGCGGGUGGGUGCAAAAGGGCCGCACCGCGGACUUCGGAGCCGGGAGAGAGCCCGGCGCGGGCGGCGCGCACGGGGCCCUGCUGUGCGCGCGCCCGCCCGCCGCCCGCGCAGCCCCUCGGCCAGCUCUGCCCUCGGGGUCGUGGCGCCCAUCCCUCCCCUGUUCUGCUGUCGCCGCCCGGAUAGGGGCUCGGGAGUCGGGCUAGGGGCAGGGGCUGGAGCCGCGGGACCAGCGCCUGAGGUGCCCCGGAGAGGCCAUGGAGCUGAGCAGCAAGAAGAAGCUUCACGCCCUGUCCCUGGCCGAGAAGAUCCAGGUGCUGGAACUCCUGGAUGAGUCCAAGAUGUCCCAGUCGGAGGUGGCCCGGCGCUUCCAGGUUUCCCAGCCCCAGAUCUCGCGCAUCUGCAAGAACAAGGAGAAGCUGCUGGCGGACUGGUGCAGCGGCACAGCCAACCGAGAGCGCAAGCGCAAGCGGGAGUCCAAGUACAGCGGGAUCGACGAGGCUCUGCUCUGCUGGUACCACAUUGCCCGGGCCAAGGCCUGGGACGUGACGGGGCCCAUGCUGCUCCACAAAGCCAAGGAGCUGGCCGAUAUCAUGGGCCAGGACUUCGUGCCCAGCAUCGGCUGGCUGGUCCGCUGGAAACGCCGAAACAACGUCGGCUUUGGGGCCCGCCAUGUUCUUGCUCCUUCAUUCCCCCCUGAGCCACCUCCCCCAGGGCUCACAUCCCAGGCUCAGCUGCCUCUUUCCCUAAAAGACUUCUCUCCAGAGGACGUGUUUGGCUGUGCUGAAUUGCCCUUACUGUAUCGGGCAGUGCCCGGCGACUUGGGUGCAUGUGAUCAAGUACAGGUGCUGCUGUGUGCCAACAGCAGGGGCACCGAGAAGCGGCGGGUAUUGCUGGGUGGGCUCCAGUCUGCCCCGAGAUGCUUCUUUGGGGUCCGCAGUGAGGCUCUGCCUGCCUCCUACCACCCUGACCUGGGCAUCCCUUGGUUAGAGUGGUUGGCACAGUUUGACCGGGACAUGGGACAGCAGGGCCGACAGGUGGCUUUGCUGCUGGCUGCCCGAGUGGUGGAGGGACUGGCAGGCCUGCCUGGGCUCUACCACGUGAAGCUCUUGCCUCUGGCCGCCUCUAGCACCACACCUCCCCUGCCCAGCUCAGUGGUCCGGGCCUUUAAGGCCCAUUACCGACACCGGCUGUUGGGCAAAUUGGCUGCCAUCCAAAGCAAGAGGGAUGGCACCUCGCUGGCUGAGGCCGCGGCGGGCAUCACCGUGCUGGACGCCUUGCACGUGGCGUCGGCUGCCUGGGCCAAGGUGCCUCCUCAGCUCAUUUUCAGUAGCUUCGUUCAGGAAGGGCUGGCUCCCGGCAAAACGCCCCCCUCCUUACACAAAGCCUCUGAGACGCAGCCAGUUCCCAGUGGGCUGAGCCUAGAGGAAUUUUCCCGCUUUGCGGACCUGGAGGGUGAGGAGCCAGGGCCUGGAGUGUGUAAAGAGGAGACAGGCACUGAAGACGAGGAGGGGGACAGAGAGGGUGCCUUUGAGCCCCUGCCCACGAAAGCUGAUGCCCUCCGGGCCCUGGGCACCUUGAGGAGGUGGUUUGAGUGCAACAGCACUUCUCCUGAGCUGUUUGAAAAAUUCUACGACUGUGAGGAGGAGGUGGAGCGGCUUUGCUGCCUGUGAAGGCACUUUUGCUGCUUACCAGAGCCCCCUCCUCUCCUGUUUCCCAUGGAAACGGCCUCUUCAGAAGGCAGAUCCAGGCUCUCUCUUUCCUGUGGAAAUAGAACUGUCAUAAAGGUGUAGAAGGGAGAGAAGUUGGGACACCAAGUCUGAGCUUGGAGUGGCAGUCGCCCAAGCCCCAGGAAGAGAGCUCUAAAGAUGGGGCUUCAAGGGUAGGAAUCCAGGCUACUUAGUUUCUAAACCUUGCUUGAAAGUUACAGAGCCUUAGAAAGAGAGUUAGUCUAGAGGCGGGCGUUUAGAAAGGUGGAAUGUGGGCUUUUUGGACAGACUUCUUCCUUGAACUCUGUGUUAAAAACACUUCUGCUUCUGGAAAUAAAGUUUUCAAUCAGAAAA